GAUUUUUGCUUUUUAAAGACUACUGCAUGAAUGAGAUCGAUGAGGCUGUGCCCCAGCUGAAGUUCUACGAGGAGCAACUGUUUGUAAUCUUUCCUUUUCUUUUUCAAAAGCCUUUCUCAAAACAAGCUGUAGAUCAUGUGCAAAUGCAUUUAGCCAAGAAACAAGUGCCAGCCAGCCUUUUUCAGCCGUAUAUAGAAGAAAUUUGUGAUAGUCUCCGAGGAAAAAUAUUUCAAAAAUUUAUGGAAAGUGACAAGUUUACUAGAUUUUGUCAAUGGAAAAACGUAGAACUAAAUAUUCAUCUGACCAUGAAUGAUUUUAGUGUACAUAGAAUAAUUGGAAGAGGAGGAUUUGGUGAGGUGUAUGGCUGCAGAAAAGCAGACACUGGGAAAAUGUAUGCAAUGAAAUGUUUAGAUAAGAAGAGAAUCAAGAUGAAGCAAGGAGAAACAUUAGCCUUAAACGAAAGAAUUAUGCUGUCUCUUGUCAGCACAGGAGACUGUCCGUUUAUAGUGUGUAUGACCUAUGCCUUCCACACCCCGGACAAGCUCUGCUUCAUUCUGGACCUGAUGAAUGGAGGAGAUUUGCACUACCACCUCUCCCAGCAUGGAGUGUUUUCUGAAAAAGAAAUGAGGUUUUAUGCUACUGAAAUCAUCCUGGGCUUAGAACACAUGCACAAUCGCUUUGUCGUGUACAGAGACUUAAAGCCUGCAAAUAUCCUAUUGGAUGAACACGGGCACGUCAGAAUAUCAGAUCUCGGGCUGGCCUGCGAUUUUUCCAAAAAGAAGCCCCAUGCAAGUGUAGGAACCCACGGCUACAUGGCCCCGGAGGUGCUCCAGAAGGGCACCGCGUACGACAGCAGCGCCGACUGGUUCUCCCUGGGCUGCAUGCUUUUCAAGCUGCUGAGAGGACACAGUCCUUUCAGACAACACAAAACCAAAGAUAAGCAUGAGAUCGACCGGAUGACGCUCACCGUGAAUGUGGAGUUACCAGAUUCAUUUUCUCCUGAACUGAAGUCCCUUUUGGAAGGGCUUCUGCAGCGGGAUGUUAGCAAGAGACUUGGCUGCCAAGGGCGAAGUGCACAAGAAGUAAAAGAGCAUCCUUUCUUCAAAGGGAUCGAUUGGCAGCAAGUCUAUUUGCAGAAGUAUCCUCCACCAUUGAUUCCUCCCCGGGGAGAAGUAAAUGCAGCAGAUGCUUUUGAUAUUGGCUCCUUUGAUGAAGAGGACACUAAAGGCAUUAAGUUGCUUGAUAGUGACCAGGAAUUGUAUAAGAACUUCCCUCUGGUAAUAUCGGAGCGCUGGCAACAAGAAGUAGCAGAAACAGUUUAUGAUGCAGUGAAUGCAGACACAGAUAAAAUCGAGGCCAGAAAAAGGGCUAAAAAUAAGCAGCUUGGCCAUGAGGAAGAUUACGCGCUGGGCAAGGACUGCAUCAUGCACGGGUACAUGCUGAAAUUGGGCAAUCCCUUCCUGACCCAGUGGCAGCGGCGUUACUUUUACCUCUUCCCCAACCGGCUGGAGUGGCGAGGAGAAGGGGAGUCGCGGCAAAAUCUACUGACAAUGGAGCAAAUAGUAUCCGUUGAAGAAACGCAAAUUAAAGAUAAGAAAUGCAUCUUACUGAGAAUUAAAGGAGGAAAACAGUUUGUCCUGCAGUGUGAGAGCGACCCAGAGUUUGUUCAGUGGAAAAAGGAGCUGACAGAAGCGUUUACUGAGGCGCAGAGGUUGCUGCGUCGCGCUCCCAAGUUCCUCAACAAGUCCCGCUCGGCGGUGGUGGAGCUCUCCAAGCCGCCCCUCAGCCACAGGAACAGCAACGGGCUGUAGCAGCCGGG